CACUAGUUUCUUGUUCUGUUUCCUGUUAGCAGCGACACCAUUUGCAAGCUGUUUAGCUUCAGCUUGAGAUCCCAAAAUGUAUUUUGGAUUUUGUGUGAGAGUGCUUGUGCUCUCACUGUUGACUCUCGGGCAGGAUGCAAAUGCACUCGGUGAGAGAAGAGGAGGCUCCAGUGGCAUUAAGCCUCUCUUUGAAUACACAAGCAACCACAAACUAGUGCUUCCUUCUGAUAUUGAGAGCUCUGCACAGGCUGGAAGGUUUAUAGGUAGUUCUGGAUCCAGUCACAGUGCAGUUGGGCAAGUAGAUAGGUACAGUCCACAGGGAAGUGUUUCUAGUUACGGCUCCAACCCCAAUGCAAAAGGUGUCAUCCAGACCAAAGCUGGCAUGUGGGAUUAUGUCUCACCUGAGAAUGGAAUAAGAUUUGUCUCUGGUAUUGCUUCAAGUGGCGGAAUUGUUAUGGAAGCUGGUCCUCAGCCCCUUUCCGAGCUCCAGCCAUCAGUCUACCUUCCCCACCACCAGUCCCCGUCCGGCUACCAGCUCAAGCAGACCGGCUACCAGACCCCUUCCGUCUACCAGCCCAAGCCCCAUCAGGCCGGCGACCAGUUUCCCUCCGUCUACCAGCCCAAGCCUCACCAGUCCCCGUCCGUCUACCAGUCCAAGCCCCAGCAGGCCGGCUACCAGUCCAAGCCCCAGCAGCCCCGCCACCAGUCCCCGGCCGUCUACCAGCCCAAGCCCCAGCAGACCGUCUACCAGUCCCCGUCCAUGUACCAGCCCCAGAAACCCCGCCACCAGUCCCCGUCCGUCUACCAGCCCAAGCCCCAGCAGACCGUCUACCAGUCCCCGUCCAUUUACCAGCCCCAGAAACCCCGCCACCAGUCCCCGUCCGUCUACCAGCCCAAGCCCCAGCAGACUGUCUACCAGCCCAAGCCCCAGCAGACCGCCUACCAGUCUCCGUCCAUGUACCAGCCCCAGAAACCCCGCCUCCAGUCCCCUUCCGUCUACCAGCCCAAGCCCCAGCAGGCCGGCUACCAGUCUGCGUCCGUCUACCAGCCCAAGCCCCAGAAACCCCUCCACCAGUCCCCGUCCGGCUACCAGCCCAAGCCCCAUCAGCCCGGCUACCAGUCCCCGUCCGUCUACAAGCCCCAGCCGCAAAUUUGGAAACCCACGCAAAACUCCCAGCAGCCUCCUCAAACCAACCCUAAUGCAAAUGGUGUCAUCCAGACCAAAGCUGGCAUGUGGGAUUUUAUCUCUCCCAAGAAUGGAAAAAGAUUAGCGUCUGGUAUUUCUUCAAGUGGGGGAACUGUCAUUCAAGCUGGUCCUCAGCCCCCUUUCGAGCCCCAGCCAUCAGGCUACCAGCCCCAGCUGCCCGGCUACCAUUCCAAGCCCCAGCAGGUCGCGAUUCAAAUAAAACCUGCCAUGUGGGAGUUCUUUUCUCCCAAUGGAGGGGUUUCUAGUCCUAAUGUGCAGCCUGGGUCCCGACCCAAGCCCCAGCAAAUCGGGAUUCAAAUAAAACCUGCCGUGUGGGAGUUAUUUUCUCCCACUGGAGAGGUUUCUGGUCGUAAUAUGCCGCCUAUCAAUUUAAAUGUACAAAUGACUGUUCCUCCAAGAACAAGACACAUUCCAAUGUCAUCCCAAGAACAUCCCAGGUGGCAGCACUCCAUGGUUCCGGUGUGAAACUUCAACCAUUGACCUAAAGGAUCCCCGCUGUUCCUGACCACGUUCUGAAAGCAGUCUUUCCUGUAUGGCAUCAACCAUUUUAUGAAAUUCAAUAAAGUACUUGGAA